AUGAGUCUUCUUCUGUCCACGGAGAUUGAAAAUAACUCUAAGAAUGGUGGAAAUGAGUUUAUUUCGCAGGGCCGGCUAGCCGAGAUUGUCAAUGAAACAAGCGUCAAGGAGCAGCUGGACAAAUGCGACAGAAAGAAGUCCAAGAAAAUCUGGAAACUGUUGCAGAUCUUCGGCCUCUCCCCUACUCCCAAAGCCGACAACGGGAAAGAUGCAACAAAAAUUUGUGGAGAUCCAUCUUUUCAAAGGAUCAUGGCAAUUUUGGUUCUCAUCGAUCGCCCGGCAAAGGUCAGGUUAUUUCUUGAGCACCAAAUAUCGGAUGACAAGUUACCCUUUGAUCGGAAGGAUGUGAAUUAUCACGAAUGCUUCAACGGCUGGAGUCAUCUCACAAUAUCGAGGUUUCUGGAGCGCCAGGCGGCGGUAAUACCAUAUUACUUUAAGCAAGUUGAGAAGAAGAAUCGCAAGCCGAUGAGGCUUACCGAUCAUAUCCUCCCUUUUUUAUCCUUUAACAAGUACAGACACAACGGUGGAACUAGCGAGAUCUAUCGAGUCAAUAUUCACGCCGAGCAACACAACUUCCAGAGUCCUCAUGACAGUGGCCAAUUCAUCAUCAAGCAGCUGCAUGGAAACUCCCGCAGGGAUAUCUUCAAAAGAGAGUUUGCCGUGCUACGACGUUUCAGCAACAAUGCACAUCCUCACAUCGUGUCACUGCUAGUGGCAUAUGAGUGCAAUGACUCUUACAAUUUCAUAUUUCCCGAGGCAAAGUCCACUCUUGCUGAAUUCUGGAGGUCUCCAACUCCUUUCCCAGACCCAGAAAGAGGGGAGGUUCUAUUGUGGAUGAUCCAGCAAUGUCAAGGCCUUGCUGCUGGACUCUGCCAGCUGCAUCGCCAUGAGACGGAAUCUGGCCAAUCAUUACUUAACCCCGACUCGGGUUUGGCACAGAAAAAUUCCAAAAUGCAUGGACGCAUGAAGCUCUUAUACGGCUGGCAUGGUGAUAUCAAGCCGGAAAAUAUUCUCUGGUUUCCAGGUUCUAGUACGAACAUGGGAACCCUAAAAAUAGCCGACUUUGGCAUCGCCCAGUUCAGCAUCAAUCUUCGAUCGUCUCGAAAGCCUUUGGGCUUUUCGACAACCUAUUCCGCUCCCGAAUUCAGUCCAAAUCCAUUAAAUUUGACCAACGCUUUGUGUGACGUCUGGGCUCUCGGGUGCGUAUACCUUGAAGCUCUCGCUUGGGCCAUUGGCGGGCGUAAACUGCAUGGCGACCUUAUACAGAUAAAGAAGGUUUGUGAUCCAGGUUGGUUUGGUCAAAGCAGCGGUGAAGAAUUAAGAACAGAUACUUUUUUCAUGUCGCCCCGCAAUGGUCUUGUCGAGAAAGAGACACCAUAUGUUAAGCCCAGUAUUACAGAGUUUAUGGCGAAGCUGCGGAAUGACGAGCGUUGCAGCGACCUUGGGAGAGACGUCUUAAAAAUAGUAGAGAACGACAUGCUCGUUGUCCAGAUAGAAGAAGGGUCUAUCUACAGCCGAAAGAGUGAUAUGCUCAUUACCGCUAUCGACCAGAUUUUGAACAAUUAG